GUUGUGUAUUCCGUGUGUGCAAAAUACUUAAUUCCGGCUCAAAUGUCGUUUAGCUUUUGGACAGAACGGGUUAAAUAAUAAUACGACUUCCUAAUCACUUUUUCUUUGUAUUACGAGAAGCAAAGAAAUGGCAACCACUAUGCCUGCGGAAAACGGAGGAGUUCAAAUCAUACCAUGGGAGGAGUUUGAGAAAAAUGCAAUUAAUUAUGCCCGGAUCCUCGAAGAGUUUCCUCUGAUAACCCAACUUGCCAGGAAGAAAUUUUUUACGAUCUCAUCAGUGGGAUCCAGCGGUUUGGAUAUAGACCAAAUUUAUUUGAAGCCACUGUUAGCCUCCUUAGUGGAAGUCUACAGUAGUCCCAAGAUCUACAUCAGGUACGGGGAUUUAGCUACAGCACAUGUGCAAAAUGACGUAGAGAUGACAAAGACUAUUCUAUCACGGUCAUUAAAGCCAACACAUUAUGAUCAGAAUUGGCUUAAUAUCUUCAUUCAUGAAAAUGCAGAACGCAUAAUGAAAAAAUGGGAAACCCAGGUGGACAUGUUCACAUUCACGUCAUUCUCACAAGGGCCUGUACAGCCAAAUGAAUCUGACGAUCUAUGGGCUACCAGCCAGCUUAAUGAACCAGUUUUACAACAAGUCUUGAAUGACUUAUAUGAAUGGAUGGAUGUCGACACAUUGGUCACAGAUCAGCAACUAGUUGACAUUGCAGAACGACAUAAUUCAGCAAAAUCCGCAGCUCAUGUCGCCUUUAUCGGAGUACGUCAUCGCUUGACGCAACAAUACCCGGGCUUGAAGAUGAAUCCGACUCAAAUUAUGCAACCUCUCACAAAAGCAACAGUUCCUGGUAACGACGAUGUCUUUGUGGCAGGGGGCCAGUUUUCCAAACUACGAGUUGCAAAGGCAAUCGAAAUUGCAGAGAGAGGAGGUGGGAUAGAACUUGUUGCAGAAAUUUUAUUUCACUCCUUUUUCAGAAACUUUUUCCUGGGUAAUGGCAUCACAUUUUAUGACAUCCAGAACUGUCCAGGGGUCAAUUUGCUGGCUAUAUACAGGCUUUCCAAAUACAUUAUGACACCAAACUUGUCAUGUUCGCUGGAUGAGAUAAACUUCAAUCUUCUCAACUACAUGGGGUUUCCAACCAAGGAUGAACAAGAGAAAAUUGACGCACAUCUGAAGCAAAAAGGUAUCGAGAUGCAACAACAACCACAGUCACUUCAGCCAGCAUAUUUCAGUCUCGAUGGUGGAAAUAGAACAACUGAAAACAAUGCUGGAUUUCAAGUGUCUCUCGGAUUUGAGUCAACUUCAGAUCAAGUUCAAUUCAAUAACAAUAUCUCAGAAAAUUCAAGUGGAUUCAGCAGCAUUAAUGGAUCUGUGCAUAACUUGAGUCUUACUAAUGAGACCUCCCAAUCACAGCCAGCGCCACAUUUCAUCAACAUUGUGCCAAUUCAGCCGUUUCGGUACAUUUCGGAAGAGCAGAUUAAAACCGCUUAUGGAGAAUAUGUCAGGACUGGUGGUUGCGGAGCUGGUUCUGUUAAAGCUGGGAUAAAAUUAUUUAAGAUGAUCAUGUCACCAAAAGAGCAAACUUACAAGCUCAAACCACCUGAAUUGCCCAGAGAAGAACUGGAGAUGUACAAUACCAAAAAACAGGAAAUGUUAAACCUGUUAAAAUUUUGGGAGAUACAAGAAAACUUUGAACUUAACUGGGACAGAUUUCGACAGGAUUACUUGUGUUCCAAAAUAAUUGUGGAUAAAUCCAAUCAAUUAAGACAAAAAAGUAGGGCUGUAACAACGAAGGUGAAAACCAAGAAGACUGCCAAUGUCCAUCCCGGUGGCUCACAAAACCUUUGCUAAAUAUAAUAGUAGUCCUUUGCAAUUUUAUUAUUUGACUUUGAAAUUAAAACUUAAUAUGUGUCAAUAAAAUUACAAAUAUAUGUAUCUUCUCAUAAAAA